AAUAUGAAAGAAAAAUCAGAAAAUCAAAAUAUUUGAUUUGAUAGAUGGCAUUCGCUUUCUGAUCUUUUAAACGACAAUGUUUACGUACAAGUUAAUUCGAGGUGACGUCUUGCCAGUCUACACUUGCACGAACCGAAAAUAGCUGAAAAUCGUGUAAAAUUCAAAAUACGAAGUAUCUGACAUGAUACACUUGUAUACCUGAAACAUGGCAAGUCCUGCAAAGAAAACCAAAACCUCAGUUUUACCAAUAUGUCCAUAUGGAGCACGAUGUUAUAGGAAGAAUCCUGAACAUUUAAAGGAAUUCUCACAUUCGACGAAGGUUGACGAUUCUAACUCUAAAGAUUCUAAAGAUGAUACGGAUGGCGCAAAAUUACGGAAAAUUGCUAGCAAGCCCAACUUAAAUGACGCCAGCCUGCCACCCUGUAAGUAUGGCGCCAGCUGUUACAGGAAGAAUCUGCUUCACUUUGCUGAGUAUUCCCACCCCACCUCGGUUGUGAAGCAGGUUGCCGACAGCGGGAGUGAUACCGACCCCAUAGAAACUGACGAGGAGGAGCAGAAACAAUCAAAGGUAAAAUCUGCAGACAUUUUGAAAAGAGGCAUGUCUUUAGUGAAGAAAUACUCCCAGAUGUCAGAGGAGGAGCGGAAAGAGCUGAUCAAGAAAGCGUUUGAAGCCAAGCAGAAAUUACAGGAGGAACUCAAGGAAACAAAAGAUAAAGUGAAAGAGAAGGAAAAAGAACUAGAAAAAAUGCAACAGCAGGUGUCGUCAGGGCUGUUGAUGGUAGAGGGUGAGAAGGCGGCCCUUUCGGGAACAAAGACUGUGUACUUCCCACUGAUGGCAGAGAGGAACCACAAAGAAGGCUCUGCAGAACAAACUCAUUUCCGUCUGGCCGAGUCCCAGUUUUACCGCCUCCUGAGUGGCACCUACAACAACUACACAAUAAAGAAGGUGGAGUACGUUGUCAAUCCAGAUCUGAUGGCCAAGUUUAAAGAAUCAAAAGAAGACCUGAAGAAGGAAAGAGGGGAGGACCUGUCCUACCCAGUGUUAGCUUUCCAUGGAACGAAAGUAGAGAACAUCAGCAAGAUUUGUGAAACCGGGUUUAGAGUGCCAGGUCAAAAGGGGUUCCACCAUGCAACAGAUACUGGCUGGUAUGGAAAGGGUGUGUACUUCAGUGAAUAUCCAGAUUAUUGCAUGGGCUAUAUCAAAGGGGCGGAGAAGCUGCUCCUGUGUCAGGUGCUGCCGGGGAAAGUAUUCCACUGUAAAAAGUUAAUCCACGGGGCUGCCCUCUCCAAGGGAUAUGACUCACACACAUCACCCGAUAAGAAAGAGUUGGUCAUCUUUAACGCUCAUCAUAUACUGCCAUGUUACGUCGUCCAUUAUAAGCUGUCUUCUGGGGAGUUUAAGUAUGAUAAAACCACGACUGGUGGUAAAACUACUUCAGCGAAGAAGAAAAAGAUAUCAGAUGAUGAAGAUGACUGUGGUGAUGAGGAUGAUGAAGAGGAUGUAAAUGAAAAGUGCAUGAAUGCAUCAGCUGCCAAGAAGACAAACGUACUGAAGGGCCAGAAGAUUUUGUUUACUGGUUCCUUCUGUUUAACCCAAGCAAAGAUGACGGAACUGGCAGCAAAGCACGGGGCAACAACAGGAACUUUGGGUAACUUUAACCUCUGUGUGGCAUCCUUGGACUCAGUGGCAAAUGGUGUCAACAAAGUUCAGAAGGCCAUGGACAAAAAUGUUCCAAUAGUUUCAGAAGAAUUUGUUUAUGACUCAAUCAACAAGAAGAAAUUAAUGAAUCCAAUGGCAGACAAGUAUAGUCCUGAAAAUUAGCCACAUUUGUGAACUCCUGUUUGUUUCUUAUUAUGUGAAAGCAUGAAGACUAUUAGCUUAAGUCUGCUCAUUUGGUUGUCUGUGUGUUUAUCUGUAGCGGUUCAUUUCCAGAUGAUAUCACGAAAGUAAUGAAUGAAGAGUCUCCAAGUUCACAUGCUCAUACAGGGUCAUCAUGAGAGCUCUAGUAUCCUCAUACAGGGUCAUCGUGAGAGCUCUAGUAUCCUCAUACAGGGUCAUCAUGAGAGCUCUAGUAUCCUCAUACAGGGUCAUCGUGAGAGCUCUAGUAUCCUCAUACAGGGUCAUCAUGAGAACUCUAGUAUCCUCAUACAGGGUCAUUGUGAUAGCUCUAGUAUCCUCAUACAGGGUCAUCGUGAGAGCUCUAGUAUCCUCAUACAGGGUCAUCAUGAGAGCUCUAGUAUCCUCAUACAGGGUCAUCGUGAGAGCUCUAGUAUCCUCAUACAGGGUCAUCAUGAGAGCUCUAGUAUCCUCAUACAGGGUCAUUGUGAGAACUCUAGUAUCCUCAUACAGGGUCAUCGUGAGAGCUCUAGUAUCCUCAUACAGGGUCAUCGUGAGAACUCUAGUAUCCUCAUACAGGGUCAUUGUGAGAGCUCUAAUAUCCUCAUACAGGGUCAUCGUGAGAGCUCUAGUAUCCUCAUACAGGGUCAUCGUGAGAGCUCUAGUAUCCUCAUACAGGGUCAUCAUGAGAGCUCUAGUAUCCUCAUACAGGGUCAUCAUGAGAGCUCUAGUAUCCUCAUACAGGGUCAUCAUGAGAGCUCUAGUAUCCUCAUACAGGGUCAUCAUGAGAACUCUAGUAUCCUCAUACAGGGUCAUCUUGAGAGCUCUAGUAUCCUCAUACAGGGUCAUCGUGAGAGCUCUAGUAUCCUCAUACAGGGUCAUCGUGAGAGCUCUAGUAUCCUCAUACAGGGUCAUCGUGAGAGCUCUAGUAUCCUCAUACAGGGUCAUCGUGAGAGCUCUAGUAUCCUCAUACAGGGUCAUCAUGAGAGCUCUAGUAUCCUCAUACAGGGUCAUCGUGAGAGCUCUAGUAUCCUCAUACAGGGUCAUCGUGAGAGCUCUAGUAUCCUCAUACAGGGUCAUCAUGAGAGCUCUAGUAUCCUCAUACAGGGUCAUCGUGAGAGCUCUAGUGUCCUCAUACAGGGUCAUCAUGACAGCUCUAGUAUCCUCAUACAGGGUCAUUGUGAGAACUCUAGUAUCCUCAUACAGGGUCAUUGUGAGAGCCCUAAUAUCAACAUUUUGUAAGACUUCCUUUAAAUGUUUUCCCAUUUUAAAUGGGGACGUACAUGUACGAAUAUUCACAGCAUUUACAUGUCAAUUUACAUGUAGGCAUGAUCAUGCAUGACCCAGAGCUAGAUGAAGCUGUAAUAGUGAUGAUUAAUAGACUGGGAAAAGUCCACACUUGAAUUUUCUUAGAUGUAGAAAGGAACACUAAAGUAGCAUCAAAAUGCAUGUAGAUGUGACCAGUCAACAUGGGAUGCUUACUCCUCCUAGGCAUUUGAUGCCACCUCUGGUAUGUCCAGGGCUCCGUGUUUGCCCUACUCUUAAUUCUGUAUUCAUUAUGGGUUUUAUGAGAUUGGUCACUAUUUGUUAUUUACAACCAUUUUGUACGGAUCUAGAGAAUUUUAUUCAAAUAUAGUUAAUUUAUGAAAUAUGUAUGUAUAUGUAUUUUUAGUUGUUUCUUUUACAAAAUUUUAUGACAUUUUAACCAUUUUUAAUCUUCAUAUUAUACUGUGAUGAAAUAGUUGUGAUAAGAAAUUUGUCAUGUGUCACCUGAUUUUAUGUGCAUUCAAUACAAUCAUGUGUAUUAUUGCAUUUCAUCGUGUAACACUGUAUUUUAAGAAGAAUUUUGCAGUUAAACAUUGUACAUGUAUUAUGAGUUUUAAUCAGGUUCAUCAUGCCCAUAGACAAUGAGUGGAAGCCAUGCCUGGCCUUCUCCGGGUUCAGUCAAUCUAAUUUAUUCUGUAGGCUGUCAGUAAAAAUACUGUUUUUUUUCUCUGUUGAGGACUCUACCACAACAGACAGUUCAUGGUUUUGUACAACACAGUGGUAAAUUUUGGCACAUCUACUAUAGUUUUGCUUGUGACUGUCUAUAGAAAAAUAGCUGGUAAUCAUGUGAUUUGUUUUAUCCAAUGACAAAGCAACAUGCUUCUUCAAGAUAAAAUUAAUAGAUUUUGUAUGUGUCACAGAAGCUUGUUGACCAAUCCAGUUCCUAUGCCCUCUUAUGUUGAAAAACUACAUGUUUGUAUCUGUUAUCUGCUUCAUUUUCAUGAGAAUAAAAGUUAAUUGAGAUUAG